AUGGGAUCAUUGGAUCAGCAGCCAGAAAUUAAGCGGCCUCAUGUAGUAGUAUUCCCUUACCCAUCCCAAGGUCAUAUGAAUCCAUUAAUGGAGUUUGCCAAGAGGCUUGUCUGCAAAAACCUCCAUGUGACCUUCAUCACCACAGAGAGAAUUAGAGAGCGAAUGAUAAAAGCUCAGGAUGGGGUUGCCGCUGAGGUGACCACUGUUUUGAAGGAUAUAAGGAUUGAAACAAUUUCAGACGGGCGUUCUCCUGAUUGUGAAGCCACGGAAGACAUAGUCAUGAUAGUUGAUUUGUUGAGAAAGGUCGGAGGUCUUACAUUUGAACAGUUGAUAGAGAGACUCAAUUCCGAAGGAAAUAAAGUCUCUUGUAUUGUUUAUGACUCUCUUCUGAAUUGGGUUCGUGAUAUUGCAAACAAGUUUAACAUUCCUUCAGCGUUUUUCUCCACGCAGUCAUGUGCAGUUCAUUCUAUCUAUUACCAUUUUUACGCUGGAAUGGUGAAAGAAAAUGAUGAAGCAGACAAUGGAAGAGGCGUUAUAGCAAUACCAAGGCUUCCACAACUAUACCAAUCAGACUUGCCAUCCUUUCUACAGCCAUCAAAUAAAUAUGAACCAGUGUUGCGAAUGGUACUGAACCAAUUCAGUACCGUUUCUAAAGCCACAUGGAUACUCGGCAACUCCUUCAAUGAACUCGAAAUGGAAGAGAUACAAUCUAUGGAUUCGCUCAUUCAAAUACGAACAAUAGGCCCUCUUGUUCCCUCUGCCUUCCUAGAUGGAAACAAUCCACACGACCAAGACGUAGGCACACAUCUUUGGAAAGCAACAAGCUGUAUAGAUUGGCUCAAUACAAAGAAAGCCUCAACUAUUGUAUAUGUCUCCUUUGGAAGUGUAGUUGUUCUUUCCAAAGAGCAGAUCAUAGAAAUAGCCUUUGGGCUAAAGGCUAGUCAACAUUCCUUUUUAUGGGUGAUUCGUCCUGAACAUAGCAAAGAAGAAGAAAAUGACAUACAUGAUUUUCUACAGGGUUUUCAUGAGGAAACUAUGGAUCAAGGGCUAGUUGUGUCAUGGUGUCCAUAG